AUAAUUUUGAAGCUGCCUGGCACGGUAGACAUAUGACAAAGUGUCAACGUCUUUGACACUCGUUCCAACUUGAUCAUGUCAACCCCUCCACCACUACAUUACUAUUGGUUCCAUGCCGUUGACAAGCCGUUAAGCGACCCAAUUCAGCAAAGACGCGAACAGAAGCAGCAGCAAACUGCCCCACUAUCGCCUACAACAGUGAAGCCUCCCAGUGAGGACUCAUCAAAGCUGAAUAGCACUCCCCAAAAAUGGGUACGCUUUUCAACUCGCGAUAAUGAACUUCUUGAACAGGCUUUUCAGACUGGUACACCGAAAACUGUUCUUGUGAAUGAGGAUCAACUAUUUGAGGUCGACAUAGAUAAGCGAGUCAUAUCAGCCGCUUAUUGGGAGAGUGCCGUAUACAAAGUAUGCAGGGCUACUUGGUUUACCAGAGGAAAAGAUGGUUCUCAAUGGAUGCCUUGCGAUGAGGAGUUUGCGCAGCACAUUGAAGAAGGCUAUCGAGAACAUAAACCGUGGAAAACGGAUAUCCAUAUCCCCAUUAUACCCGCAGCUAGCAUUGCAGAUGCUCCAGUACAUAUGCCAGGUUUUGAUGGAUUAGAUACCCCUUUAACAUUGGAUGAUGCGGAAGCUUCGUCGAUGGAAAUGAAAUGGCAGCUUGCUGAUCCCAAUACAGAGGAUUAUAUUGUGUAUACCAGCGCCGAUACGGCAUGGCUGCUCUCAGACACUACUACAAGCAGAAUCACCAAAAGUAUCUUCAUGACGCUGACAAACAAUCAGAAUUUGGGCGGAACAAGAUUGAUAAGAGGCUACCCAGAAGUAAAACAAGGUGAAUCUGUCGGUAUAGGCAGUAAGUCGAGGCAACAAUCCAUAUCGGAAGGCAGUGAAGAUAAGGAACCGGUCAGCCCAGAAAUGACGGAUAGCGAAAUGAAAGAUUCAGAAAGAAGAAAGCAAGAAAUGGAAGAUUAUGAAAACGAAAAGUCAGAAGACACACGAGAGAUCGACCACUUGAUUAUUUGCAUCCAUGGAAUUGGACAAAAAAUGACGGAACGUCUGGGCCUCAACUUUAUACACGACAUAAAUGUUCUGCGAAGAGGAAUUAAGGAAAUCUUUGCAGCGUCGAUAGCUGUCACACCGAACCCCAAGAAAAAAAAUGGCAUACAAGUACUACCAAUUCUUUGGCGGCACCAGAUCCGCUUUGGACUGGGCAACGAAGAUGAGGAUGAAAAGAACGAUAUGAGUCGACCAGAUGUAGAAGAAGGGCAACCGACGCUUGAGGAACUUACCAUCGAUGGUGUACAAUCAAUACGGAACAUUGUGUCUGACGCGUUACUGGACAUCCCUCUUUAUAUGACAAAGUAUCGGGAUCAAAUGUUGUCCAUCAUCUCUGGAGAAAUCAAUCGAGUAUACAACCGAUUUUUGAGAAAUAAUCCAGGUUUUUUGGCACGGGGCGGCAAAGUAUCAGUCCUUGGACAUUCACUCGGGUCAGCUCUUGCAUUUGAUCUUUUAACGCUACAACCUUUCGACGAAGGAGAGAAAGCUAGAGUUUUGGAUGGAGAAAACAGAAAAAAUAGAUCGUAUAUAUCUUCUCAGUACAAUCCUCAUGAUGAGUUCGCGGAUAGGCUCCCACCGCUCAACUUCACCAUCGAAAAUCUGUUCUGCCUUGGUUCUCCAGUGGGUCUUUUCCUACUAAUUAAAGGCAGUAAAAUAGCGUCACGAAAGCUUCUUCAGCAUGACCGAUUGCACCUUGAAUCGCCUUCAGCAAAUCCGGUCUGUUAUCCAGAUUGUGAAAACAUUUUCAACAUUUUUUAUCGGUCUGAUCCUGUUGCAUACCGCUUGGAACCACUCAUUGCACGCCACUAUACAGCGAAUCUCAAACCCGAACCAAUACCGUAUCAUAAGGGUGGCCUGAAGGGAAUAUUUGAUGCUGGUUAUAAUGUCGGAUCUGACAUUGCCAGCAAGGCUGAAGCAGUGAUUUUUUCCUUACGAUCUAGUGCAACCUCUUGGUUUCGACGAGACGAGAUGCCUACAGCGGAACAAAGAGAUACCAUCUUGGAUGAGCCCGAAGAAAUAUCCAUGUCUAAUCUACCUCCUCCUACUCCAACUACAAUGCGUUCUUAUGCUACUGGUGCCGAACGCCUGCGGAUGCUGAACAGCACCGGGCGUGUAGACUACUUUAUCCAAGAGGGCAUACUAGAAAACUCAUAUCUCAGUGCGCUACAAAGUCAUCUCAGCUAUUGGAAUGACACUGACGUAGCUGCCUUUCUAAUUAGAUCUGUUUACAAAUAGCUACAUUGAGUCGUUUACAAUAAUUUCGUAGAGCUGAUAUUGUCGUGUCGAGUCCCAGCUUGCCUCGAUAGGUUUCAGACAUCACUGGUGGAUUUGAGGACCUACCGUCCCUACUUUUCGCCAUAUUAGAUAUCAUGAAGGAUUAUAUCAGAAAGUCUUUAAUAAACAUACCACAUUUGAUU